CCGAUUUCGCAAGACAAGUUCUUUAGACGAUUCUAGAGGUAAAAACAGUAUCGUGAGAAGCAGUGUUGUCAUCGUCAGAUACGUGGUCUCUGUGAUGGCGAAAGAUAUACUGAAGCCAAACCAAUCUUCAACACCACUCCAACCUACAUGAUUACCAUGCGAGAUGGCACAACAAGAUGACCAGACACCCGUUACCGACAUGUACCUGUCGGAAGAGAAGCCGGUAUGCCCAACGACCGUGGAGAUACCCGAGGGUCCACCACCGGAGUGGUGGUCAACGGGUAGGAAAGCUCCUCUCAGCCCCGUGAUGUUAUCGCCCGGAUGCACCACACAGAAAUUAAUUGCGUCUGGCAAGAUCAAGAGUUGCUUUAUUCUGUUGGAGAAGACGAAUUAUGAUCCGAGCUGCCUUGGUCCGACACGUGUCAACUAUGAGGAUACGGGCGAAUCGGUUGGAGGAGACGGUGGGGACAAAGCUUGCCAACGACCCACAAGCUUCCGUGAAUUUAACAGAUUGGAUACCAAAAGUCUAAAAGAACGUUCCGAUGUUAACCGGAAUGUUUUCACCAGUAUGUUGCGUGAUUUACAUACAGUUCCGUUGGAUGAUGGUAAAGAACAUGGCGUUUUGACGGAUCGUGUGUCACCAGAAGGCAACAUGGUUACAACCCCGAUCCUCAUGUCAGAUAGUGAGUCCGAUCAGAUGAUGAGGACAUACGAGUAUCCUUCAGUCGAUUCAGAUACAAUCGGGGACACAUUUUCGGUUAAUUUUGAUGCCGAAAGUAUCUCCUCGACCGGUUCAAGUGAGACUUUAGAGUAUUUGGAAUCCAUACCAGAGGAAACAGAUAUCGAAAGAGACUUUGAUGAAGUCGAAGAACCAUGCGAUGGACCCCCACGUUUAGAAAUUCUAGACUCAUGGACUGUUGUUUCGAGACCGACGUUUGAUGACCCUCCAAUGUUGUCCCCACCUUUGCUAACCACUGAAAACAGAGACUUACGAUGCUCGCCAUUUACUUUCCCGAAACCACAUUUGACGGCAAGUUCCCCGAACCCGAAAAGUCGAGUGAGUAGACAGGUCGAAGAUGCCGAUUGCAUCCCUUUUCUUGACUCGAGAGAAUCUUCGAAUUAUGAACGUUCACCGUGUGAUAAAAUUGAGAAAACAAAAUCCAUUGAGAGCUUAGAAGUCAGGACUGGACUUUGUGUUCCAAAUACAUCUUGGAACAAAGAGGUUUUCACAAGAGAUUCCCAUCAGUUCAGCAACAACGCUAGAGGGACGACAAUCGAAACUGAAGGAGAUCAAACAAUAGAGGGCCGUUUUACCUCUAAAUUAACUCCAACCAUUGAGCAUUCAGGGCCACAUUCAAACCAGCAGCGUCAGUUGAAUGACUCUCAAAACAAUCUCAAUAUUUCAGAAACACAAGAAACAAAUGAUACCUCCAAAACUAUGCCUUCGAAACCAUCUAGGACUGUGGAUGGAUUCUUAAAAAACAUAAAUCCACAUGAUCGUUUGAGUAGUGAAGGGGGAAAAUCAUCUAAACACCGGGAUAAAUUGUCCAUUGCUACCUCACAAAGGGUUGGGAUUUCGUACCAACAAAGCUCCUUGGAUGAGAAUGUUAGGGAUGUUAGUAGCCCUAAACGUCAAGAAAAAGAACACAGUCCACACCAGUCCCACGCUUGUCAAUCGAGUGAAUCCCUUCAGUCGUCAAAGACUAUAGUUACCGGUACUGAUCCAUCUUCGGCAAGAAAUGGAAGAACUUCGACACUCAAUAUGACGUCAUCGUUACCUGACCUUGAUUCCCCUGGUCAUUCCCCAGGUCAUUGCCCAGUUCAUUCUCCAGAUCAUCCCCGUGGCCAUAUCCAUGAUUCUUCACGACUUAGCCCUACAAUGCCAGGGCGUUUUUUUGCUGAUACUGAAGACGUGCAAACUGUUCAUCUUCCCAAGUUGGAUGUACCUCAGAACAAAGAUGUUUCAGUCGUACUUUCGAGUGAAGAAACAAUUUCAACUAUCCCAUCAUUGGUGAUUUCAGACGUCCAAAGCGUUCAGGUUCAAACAGUAGAUCUGCCAGGAGCGAUUGAAACGAUACAACCACAGCAAAUCGAACUUCCGACAGGAGCCGAACCCUCUGACAAUAUCGUGAACGAUGUAUUCUUUGCCAGCUCUGCAUUCAGUGCCGACACAGCUACCGACAGUGUCGCCAACUCACAGGAAUCUUCACGAGAGUCAUCGGUUACGUCACUUCCUGUCGAUGAUGAGAAUUUUGAAGAUGCGGAAUAUCAACAAAUAGUUCAGCAAAUAAAGGAGGGCGGUGAACAUCCAAUUGCCAACGGGGGUGACACCGGUAAUAAGGAUUUGUAUGAAACUACGCAAGGCUCAGACCACUUUGUGUAUCCAACGUUGAGACAAGAAAAAGAGAAAGAAGACCACAGUACUGAUGACGUUUCAAAAAUGCCCGAUAAUAUUGAUGACGUCGCUAGUUCACGAUGUGACAAAAUGACGUCCCCCGAGUACCAGCCAUUGUUUACUCAUGAAGUUGCAAACUGCCCUGAGAUUUGUGGUUAUGCCAAUGAAGUAACAGUUGAAGUCUGUGAUUUUGAAUCGGUAGACUCGUCCGUUUCUGAAGUCAAUUCCGAGAUCGAACGAGCGGUGGCAUCAAUUACCGACCGCUGCGUUUCAACAGAAAAAAAAAUGGCGGGCGUAUUGUAUGAAUGCCUUGAUGAGCUGACGCCUGAUGAGAUACGGCAGCGCUUAGAAGUUACUGACAGUUCGAGCUGCGCUUCAAGCACGAUUGAAGUCACCUCUUCCACGGGUCAGGUAUCUGUAGACAUUGGCAAGGAUCAGACAAAUCAAGAUUCACAGGAAGGCAAAAGAUCUGUUAAUAAAGAAGGUGGUCCGAAUCAAAUUGUUGGUGAUGCAGAGGGAUUUGUGCAAGUACAAGCAAGUUCAAAUGUAACCAGUGUUAGUCACACUCCCACCAUUGUUCCACUGACCCACAAGCAGAAAGAUGUUGUUACUGCAAACGAGUUACGUAAGACUACUGAUCACCGAUCUGUUCAGGAAACAAGCUUUGGCGUUCCCGUUGCUGGAAUCAAACCUCGCGUGAUCUCGUCACUUAGAAGGGAAGAUGAUAAAACACCAAAUGGGGACAUAAAUCAAACUGUGAUCGUAGACAAGGGAAGCAAAACGGGUCAAAACCAGGCUCAACAACAAACCGGUGCAGUAUCCCCUGGCAGUGACCCUUCCCAGUUUGACAAAGAUUCAAGACGCCGCGAGAUCGACACUGCAAUUUCCCUCGCUAUCAUGUCUGAAUUUACAACACUGCCCUCAAGAGUUGAUCCUAACUAUAAAGUUAGUCAGAGUAUCGCAACAUCUGGAGCAACAACACAAGAAACAAAUAUUCAAUCAUCACCAAAUCCAACCAAUGUUCAAUUAACAUCAUCGGUACAGUAUCCCAGAGGGCCCGGAGAGAUGAGACAUUUUCGCCCCGCUGGCCCUAGGUUUCCAGGCAGUAAAAACCAAAGUAGGCAAAUGUUUACUUCACAACAGUUCAGCUCCUCGUCAGGUGUAGGAAUCCAAGGUUCUUUGAACCCCCUCGCGGAUCAAUGGCCCCUACCAAGAGGUCGCGGUAGAUACAAAAGCAACUUUACUGUUGUAGAUUACUCGGCGCCAGAUAACGAGAAACCAGAACAGUUUAUUGAGCUCAGAAGGUGUCUGACACAAGAGAGGAGAAUGCAUCCAGAUUUCAGGCCGCAGCUGCCUUCCACACAGCCGCCAUUGAUUCCACCAGACCAAACGGUAGCCGUGUCUCAGCAUAAUCAGCUUUUCUACCCUAAUGAUAAGUUUGUAAAUAUUCGUAAUGGGGUCCCAAUUGAGUUUCCUGGUGGGAAACGUUUUAUAGCGUAUAACAAAGAAGCAUAUCGCUAUCCACCACAAAACGCUGUUGUAAUGCGAUCGAACGAACAAUUGACAGCUCAAAACCAGCACAUUGGAGCAGUGUCAGUUUCGGGAGUCCCGCCCCAAAUGCCUCAGACUGCACCAAAUAAUGUACAAUCCCAUUCAAACACUGCCGUCAGCUACUCUCAGCAGCACCAGUACCCAAGACCAAACCCAGCCCACCCAAAUCUUUCAGUGGCUCAGUACCCAAUGCAUCCAAGCGUCAUGCCUCGACAACAGCUUUCACAUUUUGUGAACGCCACGGACAGAACAAGACAGUCUCCAGGGGUGUAUCCUCAGCAAGGCCAAGCAGUCUACCCCUCACAGAACGCCAGACUAGCUGGCAGCCGACACGAUCAGUCCCAUAGAACACCCCAACAGCGGGCUUCUACUCCACGGAUAGCAUCAGUCUCACCUGACGUCAUGGUAGGACCAAGUACUAGCGAGCAACAAAGUCAGGCCAGGGAGAACUUCGAACAAACGAGAGCUACCACCUUUCCUAGAGCACCACAACUUCACGAAGUUGGCCCGAGGAAACAGUUUCCUGGUGCUAUUGGUAGGGGGCUUUUGAUGACGACAUCAGCGACUAACCAAGGUGCAGUAGACAACCUUACCCAUUCCUACCAAGCACAACAACAGUUAUUUCGGGCCUCAAGAGGUGAUGUCGAAGGCAAACAAACCCCAAAUUCAGUUAGUACAUUAACACCCACUCAAGUCACACCAGCGCAAAACCCUCCCCACGAUCACAUAACAAGUGACUUUGAACAUCUGAAGCGAAUGGCAACUGCUGCAGCCACAAAUAAAAUGAUAAGAAGUGACGUUCCUUUUAUUCAUCAAAAUCAACCUCAAAAGGCUGCCCCUAGGACCAACUAUGGACAGCCUCCCGGUGCGGACCAAGCUGACCGGCCUGCCCAAGCUGACGUCACUGCCCGGUGUGACCCAACGUCUCUCCCAGCAUCAGCCUUUAUCGGUAAUUUGGCUGAGACAAACAGAAUGCGAGCGACGAGCUACCAAGAGGUGUACGAUGCCAGGAAUUCGCGAGUCCCUGUUCUUACUCAAAAUGAGACAGCGGCAAAAGUGACACCUGGAAGUGUUGCCAAUUCUCUGGAAAGUGAACAAAUCAUACCACAAGUCAUGCCACAGUCAAAAGACGACCAAACUAUCGGGCAACGGGAAGGUCCAUCGCCAAGAGGGUCUAUGACUCCAACCCCUACACCCCCACGAAGCACUCUAGGCAGAACUACGAGAACGUGGACAUCCACAGAAGAAGCUCUCUUAAAAUCCUUGCCAGAGGAACUUGCGAGUUACCUCGUCGAUCAAUGCAGGAAAGGUGGCGCAUUCAGAGAAACACUGAAGUCCAUUAUUGAAGACUCGCUUAAAGAGGAAGAAGAAACUCAAAAUGAAGAAGCAGUAAGAGUUCGGGAGCACACUGUACACCAUCUUCCAAACCAAACCCAUGGGGACGCGGGUCACACAGACAGCCACCACACACCCUACGCCGAUCAACUCAGAGCCCCAACGAAAUCAUUGCAUAGACAAGGUCCAACCCCACCGGCACGAAAACAAUAUGACACCCAACCUCAGCAGCAGGCAGUCAGUCUGACGACACAUGCGUCUGAAACUGAGCCUGCGUCAACGGUUGACACACGGCAACAACACUCAAAGGAAGACCAAGAUUACGGAAGAAAGUCAACAUUUUUCUUCAACCCUGCGCCCUCUUCGUCUCCAUUACUAGAAGCAGAUAAUGUUCUAGAUGCUUUUUCCCAGGGAGCUGCUGAACAAAGUCAGAGAAAUAAAGCAAUUGAUCUCAGCAUUCAACAACAAGCAGUCGACCUCAGUUACAAACAAUUAAUUAAUUAUGAACAACCUGUUUACGAAGUACGACUUCCCAUGCCGUAUUUGUUAUCAAAUAGUCAUCUCUGCCACCGUGCGUUCACAUCAGGGGAGCGAGGUCCAAUCAGAGCAUCUAGCGUAGUGGAUCUAACCUCCAUUCCAACACCGCCACCAAUACAUUCGUUUCUGAAGAACAACCUAAGCCCAACUCAGCUCACGAUACGGAACAAACUGCUUGAGAGGAGGUCACGGAUUCUAAGUCGUUCCAUGUCCACGCCAGAUAUUCUUCACGGAUACACGUAUCCCGCCAAGAACGAACGAAAAAAGUUAGUUGAGCCAAGGAAUUUCGAAGCUGAGACGACUUCAUCUGGAAUUCAGCCGACGGUGCAAGGGGCUAGACGUGACGGAAGAUGCGAGAACCCUGUCACGGUCAUCACGUCAUCACACUCGGUCAAUGUUGACCAAACAAUACAUCAAGUCAAAGAUGCCAUUGGCAUCGCAAUGAAUCGAAAAAGAGCAUCUAAUCAACCAUUCACCCUCGGGCCAAACACAACGGCAAAAUACCCGAAAAUGAAAUCAAAACUUCAAAAUGCAUGGAUCAAUGCGUUAGGCCAACAGCCUCUUUCGUCAGGCCAGCAGCCUCUAUCGUCAGGCCACCAGCCUCUCUUAUCCGGCCCGCAGCCUCUCUCAGCUGGCCAGCAGCCUCUAUCAUCAUGCCACCAGCCUCUCUUAUCCGGCCAACAGCCUCUUUCGUCAGGCCAGCAGCCUCUUUCAUCAGGCCAGCAGCCUUUCUCAUCAGGCCAACAGCCUCUCUUAUCCGGCCAACAGCCUCUUUCGUCAGGCCAGCAGCCUCUAUCAUCAGGCCAGCAGCCUUUCUCAUCAGGCCAACAGCCUCUCUCAGCUGGCCAGCAGCCUCUAUCGUCAGGCCACCAGCCUCUCUUAUCCGGCCAAGUGCCUCUCUCAUCAGGCCGGCAGCCUCUCUCAUCAGGCCAGCAGCCUCUAUCGUCAGGCCAACAGCCUCUCUCAUCGGGCCAGCAGCCUCUCUCAUCAAAGGACAGCCAGGAAAAUCUUCAACCAUCUUUAGAGACAAGUCCUUCUGGAAAACCCAUGUCAAUUCAACCUCAGUCCUCAACCUUUCUCCAUAAUCCAAACAAAUCUGUCACUCGCUCGCCAGAAGCACCUGCCAUCACAAAACCAGUGUCACACCUUGCGGAGAUUCCUAAUUCAUCCUCCAAGAUGCUAACUAAAAAGAGAAAGAGGGGUCGUCCUCCUAAAGGACCAAUAUCCAAAAAACCAAGAUCAGACGCAAGUAAAUUAGAAACAGACUUAGAGUGUCAAUUUUGCUCAUUCAAAAGUUACUUUAGGUCUGAAAUUCGCGCGCACGUAAAAAAUGAUCAUUUUGCAAAAUUCUGCAAGGAGACCACAACUACGCCAAGGAAGAAAAAGGCAAAACGGGACCAUAAAAACAAACCUGUCACAAAUAAGGUCCAUAGUAUGAAGCCAAUGUCUCCUGCGAAGAUCGCUGCGAUUGUGCCUGGACCUCCACAUACUUCAAUUAGAAAUACACUUAUUCCUACAGACAAAUGCAAUAUCUCAAAUUCACCUGAAAUACGUCACUCAUCAGGCAACACCGUAGGAGCAGUAACUACGACAACCGUAAAUGUUUAUAUCCCUGGCAACUUGAUAACAAAUGCUGGCCAUGUAACAUUUCAAAACGAAGCGACGACCGGUAGUAUUGUCCCCAUGAAACAAGUAAACCCACAAGUCGCUAUGUCCACACCAGUUCAGCAAAAUAUACAGCCGGCGUAUGCUCCUUACACUAAAACCCAGAUGGGUGAUACAAGGGCUGCUGAAGCAAGCUCCUUAAUAGCCAGUCCAGCUGCCACCACCAGCACAGUUAGACCUUCACUGAACGAGCGCCCAAUUCAAACCCCAUAUCGUUGCACGCACUGUAAUCAAUACUGCAGUAGCUCAAGGGAACUACUCAUUCACAAAAAGUUCCAACACACAAACACAAAAGGUCUACACAUGUGUUUCAACUGCGGCUAUACUACCAAGGCCGAAUACCAACUCAGGAAACACAUUCUUAAAUGGCAUCAGAAGCAGGGUGUGGAGAACCACAAGUGUACGCGCGCCGCGUGUGGGCAGUCCUUCCCAACACAAGACCAGCUACAGACGCAUAUUAAGCAAACGCAUGACGCAGGGGAUUACGUGUGUACGUUAUGUGACGCAAAGUAUCUCAACGUAACUGGGCUGAGGUAUCACCAGCAACGCCAUAAACUCAACUAUCCGCAUAAGUGUAAGGAAUGCGGACUCAAAUUCAAAUCUUUGGGGAUGCUGAACCGACAUGAGUUUCAAAAAAAUCAUAUCUCGUCCUAAAGGUUGUAACCACAGGUUGGUAAAAAGUUGUCCUUUUGAGAUAAAUUAUGGUGGACAUACUACAGGACUGCACUGUUUGGUUUGGGUGUAUACAGACAAAUUUACCCAAACCUUAUAUAGUGUUGUAGCAUUGUGU